CAAUGCUCCACCACAAGCUGUCCUGUUAGGUGUCUGCAAUAAUUCGGCUUCAUCAUACUCCUUGUCCCAUUCCCCAAAGCACCUCUCUUCGUCAUCACGACUACCACCACCUUAUUUCCUCUUCUCACGCCCGUCACGAGUCUCAUUCGCUUGUUCGACGCGUGCUUGAUUCACUGAAUUUCAUGCGCCACGCCUGGUCCGCCUGCAAUCAUUCUGAGGACACUCCCAUUGCAGGCAGCAUUGCAGCGUCGCAAAACAAUACAUGAUUUGUUUUCAAUAAUUCGCCCAGUUCUUCAAUCAUGGCGCCAUUACCCAUCAAAUUCCAAGAGCUUCUUCAACUGACACAAGUCGGCAUUCUGCCUGGUUCGAUAGGCUUCAACUCGUGUACCCUUGAAUCAGAUCAUUUCAUCUGUGUACGGCAGCAAGCAGAGGGAAGCGCAUCGCCCGAUGUGGUCAUCAUCAACCUCAAAAAUGGCAACAGCGUCAUGAAGAGGCCGAUCAAGGCCGACAGCGCCAUUAUGCACUGGAACAAAGAGGUCAUUGCUCUCAAGGCUGGCGGCAAGACUCUGCAGAUAUUCGAUUUGGGACAGAAGACAAAGAUCAAGAGCACGACUAUGAACGAGGAUGUGCUGUUCUGGAAGUGGUUCAGCGAAUCUACCCUUGGUCUUGUCACAGAUACCGGCGUCUACCACUGGAACAUUUUCGACGCAACUCAAGCAUCGCCACAGAAGAUGUUCGAUCGCAACCAGAAUCUCGCUGGUUGCCAGAUCAUAAAUUACCGCGUUAGUGACGAUGAGAAGUGGAUGUCUGUCGUUGGUAUUUCCCAGCAACAGGGCCGUGUCGUCGGUAGCAUGCAAUUAUACUCAAAGGAACGCGGUAUCAGCCAGGCCAUCGAAGGACACGCCGCCGCCUUUGGAACGUUCCGCAUGGAAGACGCCCCUGCGGACACAAAGCUUUUCACAUUUGCCAAUCGUUCCGCGACUGGCGCCAAGUUGCACAUUGUCGAAGUCGAUCACCAAGCGCCUAACCCUCAAUUCCAGAAGAAGGCUGUGGAUAUAUAUUUCCCUCCAGAAGCGACCAAUGACUUCCCCGUCGCCAUGCAAGUAUCGCGCAAAUACAAGGUCAUUUAUCUUGUGACAAAAUACGGCUUUAUCCAUCUCUACGAUCUUGAAACCGGUACGACCAUUUUCAUGAACCGUAUCUCGAGCGAAACGAUCUUCACAACCGCUGGGGAUGAGGACGGUUCCGGAAUCAUUGGUGUGAACAGAAAGGGGCAAGUUCUCUCCGUGAGCGUCGACGAGAAUACCAUCAUCCCAUAUCUGCUGCAGAACGCCGAGAAUGCCGAACUUGCGUACAAGUUGGCAUCUCGAGCGGGCCUCCCUGGAGCUGAUUCACUUUAUCAACAACGUUUCGACCAACUUCUAUCACGAGGUGAAUACCAGGCGGCUGCGAAGACAGCUGCAAACUCUCCACAGGGAUUCUUGCGUACACCACAAACGAUCGAGAAGUUCAAGGCCCUGCCCGCGCAGCAAGGUCAACUUUCUGUCAUUCUACAGUACUUUGGCAUGCUUUUGGACAAGGGCAAGCUUAACCAACACGAAACUCUUGAGUUGGCUCGUCCAGUGCUGCAACAGAACCGGAAGCACUUGCUAGAGAAGUGGAUGGGUGAAGGCAAGCUUGGUUGCUCCGAGCAACUUGGCGAUCUCGUGCGUCUUCACGAUGUUGCACUCGCACAGCAGAUCUACCAGGAAGCCGGCGCUGCACAGAAAGUUAUCGCCGCCAUGGCCGAAUCGGGCAAUUUCGAGCAGAUCAUCCCGUACUCACAAUCCGCUGGCUACACUCCUGAUUACAACGCCCUCUUGCAACACAUCGCACGGGUCAACCCAGAGAAGGCCGCUGAGUUCGCCACGAGUCUUGCUCGCGAGGACGCUAGCCUCAUCGAUGUUGAUCGUGCUGUGGACGUCUUCCAGUCUCAGGGCAUGGUUCAACAGGCCACUGCAUUCUUGCUGGACGUUUUGUCCGCUAACAAACCAGAGCAAGGAGCGCUUCAAACCAGGCUGCUCGAGAUGAACCUCCUCAACGCUCCCCAAGUCGCAGACGCCAUCCUUGGUAACGAUAUGUUCUCGCACUAUGAUCGCCAGCGCGUUGCUCAGCUCUGUGAAAACGCUGGUCUUUUGACUAGGGCUCUAGAGCACUACACCCAGGAAGCUGACAUCAAGCGGUGCAUCGUACAAACUGACAAGAUUCCGCCGGAAUUCCUCGUCAAUUUCUUUGGUCAACUUACUGUUGAACUGGGUCUUGCAUGCUUGGACGAGAUGCUCAAGUCAAACAUCCGCCAAAACUUGCAGGCAGUCAUCGACAUCUCCAAGAAGUACUCCGAUCUUUUUGGUCCCACCCGCAUUAUUGAUUUACUUGAGAAAUACCGGACUGCAGAGGGUCUUUACUACUACCUCGGCGGUAUCGUCAACAUCAGCGAAGACAAGGAUGUCACAUUCAAGUAUAUCGAGGCUGCCACCAAGAUGGGCCAAUUGCAGGAAGUUGAGCGCGUUUGCCGAGAGUCCAACUUCUAUGAUCCAGAACGCGUUAAGAAUUUCCUCAAGGAGCAGCAGUUGACGGAGCAGCUUCCCCUCAUCAUCGUCUGCGACCGCUUCAAUUUCGUUCAUGAUCUUGUGCUUUACUUGUACAAGAACCAACAAUUCAAGUCUAUCGAGGUCUAUGUCCAGCGCGUUAACCCCGCCAGAACUCCUGGCGUAAUCGGUGGUCUUUUGGACGUUGACUGUGACGAGAACAUUAUCAAGGGACUUCUCAGCUCCGUAUCGCCUCAGAGCAUUCCCAUUGACGAGCUCGUUGCCGAGGUCGAGUCACGCAACCGUCUGAAGAUUCUGCUGCCAUUCCUUGAAGCGACCUUGGCUGCUGGCAACCAACAACAAGCUGUUUACAAUGCUCUCGCGAAAAUUUACAUUGAUAGCAAUGCCAACCCAGAGAAGUUUCUCAAGGAGAACGAUCUCUACGACACCCUCACAGUCGGAAAGUACUGCGAGAAGCGCGACCCCAACCUCGCUUACAUCGCCUACCGCAAGGGCCAGAACGACCUCGAGCUCAUCAGCAUCACGAACGAAAAUGCCAUGUUCCGUCCGCAGGCUCGCUACCUCCUUGAAAGAGGUGAUUCAGAGAUCUGGUCUUACGUCCUUUCAGACAACAACGUGCACCUGCGGUCGCUUGUCGAUCAGGUCAUCGCAACCGCAGUUCCCGAGUCAUCGGACCCAGAGCUGGUCUCCAUCGCGGUCAAGGCUUUCAUCGACGCUGAUCUCCCCGUCGAGUUGAUCGAGUUGUUAGAAAAGAUUAUCCUCGAGCCGACCACCUUCAGUGACAACGCCAAUCUACAGAAUCUCCUGAUGCUCACUGCUGCGAAGUCUGACCGAGGCCGAGUCGCCGGUUAUAUCCAACGACUUGACAACUACACCCCUGACGAGAUUGCUGAACAGUUGGUCGAGGUUGGUCUUUAUGACGAAGCCUUUGACAUCCACAAGAAGGCCAAGAACCAUUUGGCAGCGACCAGCGUGCUCGUUGACCACAUCGUCAGCAUCGAUCGAGCACAAGAGUAUGCCGACCAAGUCGACACCCCUGAGGUCUGGAGCAAAGUGGCCAAAGCCCAGCUUGAUGGUCUUCGGGUCACAGACUCUGUUGAAUCAUACAUCCGAGCACAAGAUCCAUCAAACUUCGCCGAAGUCAUCGAGAUUGCCACGCACGCCGGGAAGGAUGAGGACCUCAUCAAAUUCCUUCGCAUGGCGCGCAAGACAUUGCGCGAACCUGCCGUCGACACUGCUCUCGCAUUCUCUUACGCAAGGACCAACCAAUUGCCGGAGCUCGAAGACUUCCUGCGCGCAAGCAAUGUUGCCAACAUUGAAGAGUCAGGUGACAAAGCCUAUGCUGAGGGCUACCACGAGGCUGCGAAGAUCUUCUUUACCUCGAUUUCGAACUGGGCCAAGCUCGCCACCACACUUGUGCACCUUGGCGAUUAUCAGGCUGCCGUUGAAUGUGCACGAAAAGCAAACAAUGUGAAAGUCUGGAAGCAAGUGAACGAAGUCUGCAUUGCGAAGAAAGAGUUCCGCCUUGCGCAGAUCUGUGGUCUGAACCUGAUCAUCCACGCCGAGGAGCUCGCAGAGCUUGUCACUCAAUACGAGCGAAAUGGAUACUUCGACGAGCUGAUCGCCUUGUUGGAAGCUGGUCUGGGCCUCGAGGCUGCCCAUGGUGCGCUAUUCACCGCCCUGGGUGUGGCAUUGAGCAAAUACCACCCUGAGCGUGUCAUGGAGCAUCUCCGCAUUUUCUGGGGACGACUCAACAUUCCAAGGGUUAUCAAAGCCUGUACCGAGGCCCACUUGUUUCCGGAAGUCAUCUUCUUGUACACGCACUACGAUGAAUUCGACAACGCAGCUUUGGCCAUGAUGGAACGUGCAGCCGACGCCUGGGAACACCACACUUUCAAGGACAUCAUCGUGAAGGUUUCCAACGUCGAAAUCUAUUAUCGAUCAUUGAAUUUCUAUCUCCAGGAGCAGCCAUCCCUCAUAACGGACCUACUUCAAGUGCUGACGCCUCGCAUCGAUGUCAACCGAGUGGUCAAGAUGUUCGAAAAGUCAGACAACAUCCCGAUGAUUAAACCGUUCUUGUUAAACGUUCAGUCACAGAACAAGCGGGCAGUCAACGAUGCCAUCAACGACCUCCUUAUUGAGGAAGAGGAUUACAAGCAGUUGCGCGACAGUGUGCAAAACUUCGACAACUACGAAGCCGUGGCCCUUGCGCAGCGACUGGAGAAGCACGAACUUGUCUUCUUCCGCCAGAUCGCUUCGAACAUUUACCGCAAGAACAAGCGUUGGGAGAAGUCCAUUGAAUUGUCAAAACAGGACAAGCUGUACAAAGACGCGAUCGACACAGCUGCCAUCUCUAACAAAGAAGAAGUCGUCGAUGAACUCCUCCGAUACUUCGUCGAUAUCGGCAGCAAAGAAUGCUUCGUCGGCAUGCUUUACACCUGCUACGAUCUCAUCCCGCUGCACACUGUCAUGGAGCUCUCUUGGCGCCAUGGCCUAAAUGACUUCACCAUGCCGUUCAUGAUCAACUACAUGGCUCAGCAAUCCGCCACCAUCGCUGAGCUCAAGCGCGACAACGAGGAGCGCAAAACCCGUGAGCUCGCAGACAAGAAGGAAGAAGACACCGGUCCCAUCCUAGGCCAGUCCCGACUUCUUCUCACGCAAGGUCCUGUCGGAGGACAGAGCCCCGCGCCAUAUGCCAAUGGCAUGAUGCCGCAGCCGACAGGCUACCGAGGAUUCUAGAUGAUGUGAAUAGUUUUGUGUUUGUAAUGAGCGAAAGAGUACAUGGCCCCUUUUCAAGUUAACUCGAUCUCCGAAGUGUGCAGAUUUAUUUUGGAGAUGCCGGUGGUUUGUCCAAGAUGUCGCCUCAUUCGAUCGAUGUACCAGUUCGAAUCUUCGUAGAUGCGUGCUAGAAGUACUCGAGAUUGUAAUAGUAUUGUUUUAUCGAUUUAUGCCUUCAUCCGCCUGUUACCUCGG